AUGUUUGGCCUACCUAACUUGCCAGAACCACUGCAUUUCUUGCAAGAAAAAUGUUUUGAAGACGACUAUCUUCCCCCACAGCGUUUGAAGCUUGCAGGUCUGCCCUACAAUGAAGACAGUCGCUCAAUUCAUGACGUCUGCCUGGACAUCUUCGGCACUCCCGAUCCUCUGAUAGACCAAUUCUCCAAAUUGAGUUUCAAUGAUGUUUACGGUGAUGGCGAUAGCGAUGGGGAACCUGAGCGCGGGGCCAGCAGCCGCGGUCUUGGUAGCGAGGCUAUUACGUCUUAUUUGGACGCAGCCAAGGCAGCCAAAGACGAGGACGUGCUCGGGUCCGAACCGAAAGCUACAUCUGGGGAUAUCAAUACGAAUGAUGUUCGAAACCCAGAGACAUACCUUGAACCAAAGUUCGUGGACACCAGUCGGAAAAGCGGCAUCACGUACCAGGAUGCACCGCAAGCUCCUUCAAAGCUCCUCGACUACUUUGAGGAGCAACGUCAAGAAGCUCAAGACCUCUCAGAGCUUCCAACAUCCCUCCAGGCGAAUGGUCCUCCAGAUGUCGGUCCAGGAGACUUCCGAAUCGUCAAGCCCAAGCUCAAGCUCGCCUGCCCAUAUCUCAAGCACGAUCCCGCCACUUACGGAGAACGACCAAGCUGCCGUGGUCCUUCUUUUGCUACCACACAUAGGUUGAAUAUAUUCUCUACAGACGACGAGGUCGCCGGUCACCUGCUUUCAAAAGCCUCCUGUGAACGUUCUCUACACCUCACAGUGGAGGGCUUUGACGCUUUGCAGAAGGAGAAGCUGCAAAGCAAGAGGCGAGGAUGGGCUAAAUCGGAAGUAGAAAAAUGGGUGGACAUUUAUCGGAUUCUUUUCCCGGAUUGCAAUGAUAUCCCAGACCCAUACUACCACCCCAACUUCAACGGCGUAACGCCAGGCCCGCCUACAGCUCGCAAUGAACACGCGCUCGACAUUGAGAGCAUUUUCCCACGAGAGCUCCCACCAGAGCUGGAAGAAGAGGCCUUUAGAAAGCUCGGAGAAGUGAUAGGGUCACAACAAUGGGACAGGCGAAAACGGAGGAAGGUGGUGCAUGUAUUCCAGACUGCAUUCCAGACAUACGCUGCCAAGGUCCUUCAACAGCCACAAGACACAACUUCCGGCGAGGCGUCAGUGCAAAGAUCAGAAACCGAAAAGGAAUCCGACGAACCCAAGACCGAAUCCAACACGACGCUGAGUUCAACCCAUUCUCCGCCAGAAGCCAAGACAUCGUCCUCAACAGCUGCCCUUGGCGAAUCCCACAUGCAAAGGUCGCGAAGCGUCUCACAUGAGACGUUCACCGACACACACGCAACCAAGGACAAUGGCUCGCCUCCGUUACAGAUUAGAGACUUCAACUUCGGCGAUGAUCUGAACUUACAAUGCUGGCCUGAGUGGAACCGAGGUUAUUGGCGUGUCCACUCAUCCAAGUGGCCUCUCCAAUCACCCCUUUUUCAAUCUUUUAGCGGUUUCCCCAACCCAAGCCGUCCAGCAAAUGCCGAAGACAAGAGUAAGGACGACGACAGUGAAGAAUACGACAGUGACGACGGUAGGUACAGUCCAGUAGCUGACAAGCCCAGAUCUAGACACUAUGUAUGGUGCAGCGGUUGGAAACUUCAGGCCACGACGAUGGCCAAAGCGAGUUACUACUAUCGAGCCCAUACUUUGUCCGCGGAGAAAGCAAGGUACUACUACUCCAUCGACAACACCAUCAAUGAGAUGUCCCGGGAAAUCGCCCGAGGUCUUCGGCCAAGGCUUCAGCUCCCUGUAUGGACAUGGAGCAUGUCAGAUCAUCGUGGCUUCUGGUCAACCAUAUCACGUCACGGAAGGGGUACAAGGUAUCCUUUUGUCAACUUGGGUUUAGACUUCAUCUACAUCCAUGAGAGAGGCUGGCCUGAGCUACAGGCGACGGUGGAUAAGAGACACCACAGAUGGAUGCGUAGCAUCUGCAAUCUCUUACUCGACACCGAAAUUAACGUGAAUGCAGGAUCAGAAGACGAAGCAAGACGCGAGAUUAUCAAGGGAUUCACAGAAGAUAACUUGCGGUUAUGGAGAGCGAGGCACCAUCUGCCGGAUCUCAAGGUCAUUAAGCGCGUGCUCGCGGACGGGAUGCCGCAGGUUCUGGACGAGUGGGCGUACUUCCAAACGAGGUAUCUGCUUCGCGAGGCAUACGACGAGCAUUGGCGGCGCACACGACAAGAGAUUGCCACGGAAACCCAGUGGUUGCCCGCGAUAAUGUCACCUACGAUCAAGACCGAGGCCGUCACACCGCCGAUGGCGGGCCGGGACGACACUGAAGGAUUGGCGAGCCGAAUGUCGGGGCUGGAUCUCGACGCCUUCCCCACGCCGCCGACGUUUCGCAAACGCCAGUCGAUGGGGUCGCCGACCAAGGUCAAGUUUGAGAAGAGCUUUGACUGGAAGAGCGUGUUCAACGGCAAGAAGGAGGACAAGCAUGAGAUCGACGGCCUCCAGUCUCAUGCUUCUUGGCCUGCGCCAGUGCAGCAUCCCCAACAGACAGCGCAAUUCCCGGCACCAGUGGCAAAGAGCUUUGAUUUCUCAAAUUUCGGAAGAGAACACAGCCCUCAAUUUGAACUUCCUGCCCGUAGUCCUGACCAGCCUCCGUUUCCCAUCCCGCAGCGUUCAACGUCCAAGCACAAUCGCGUCAAAUCUUACUCGCAGGGAACGUUCCAUUUCGAAGAAUGCGGCGAACAGGUCAUCACUCCACCUGCUGCCGAGCUUGAAGGGCCGACACUGGCGCCUCCAUUGGCCUGUCCUUAUCUCAAGCACGACCCCAAGACGUAUGGCCAGAGAAGAGGUUGCAGAGGGGCCUCGUUCACCUCUACGCACAGGUUGAAGACGCAUAGGCAAAAGCCAAACUGCCCGCGUUGUCGCAUGACGUUUUCCGCAGAGGCCGACGUGCGUGAGCAUCUCAAGUCGCAAAGUCUGUGUGAGGUUCUUGAAGGGGUGUCUGUCGAGGGGUUCGAUGAGGUUCAGGAGAAGCAACUGAAAAGCAAGAAGCGCGGAAGGGUUGUGAAGUCCGAGCAGGACAAGUGGAAAGAGAUCUACCGGAUACUCUUUCCAGACAGCAGCGAGAUUCCCGAUCCUUUAUACAGUCUCGCUUUUGACGACACAACCCCGACCGGCCCUGCUCAAGCAGACCACCAAGAUGCCGAGGCCAUCUUCAAGCAGCCAGUUCCUCGCAAGUUGGAGGAAGAAACGUUAUCGUUGAUGGAGGAUGCCGUCGGUGGCCAGUUGAACACGAAGAAGAGGAGGAAAAUCAUGGACGUUUGCAAGGAUUUCGCCAUCAAGAUGCUCCGAUCGCCGAGGAAAGGCAAGAGUUCCGCGACAAGAAGCAAGGAACUUGCGAGGAAAGCGACAAUCACCACAAGCCCCGCCACCCCAGGAAGCCUCGAUCGGACACAGGGCUCGCCGGAUUCGAGCCACAGACCUCGGACAUCAGAGGCCCCAGGACCGAUGUUGAUGCUCUCCUUGGACGGCGCGUUGGAGACGGGGUCGAAGGUGGCUCCGGAGGCGGGGCUCUCGACAAUGGAUACUCAUUGGGCUCUUCCGGAACAAGGGGGAUUCGACAUGGGGCAGGAAUUCGAUUUCAGCGACUGGCCGCUGUGGAACCAGGCGCUUGCGGAGGGAUCAAGCUACGGCUGGUCCAAUGGUGGAAUGGGCUCUCCAUACAAGAUGACUUUUGAGGAAGCGCAGGGUAAUGCGGGUAAUCAAGGAUAUGAGGGCGUGCCCUUGUCGAGCUGCGGCGUAACUGACCAUGGUUCAAGUGUAGAAGUUGGCAUCAACAGUCAUCAAAUUGGCGCCACUGCCGAAGCGCUGAGAUGA